AAGAAAAAACACUUCGCAGCAGCUAUCUGAAUUUCCAUCAACAAUGGCGAAGAGAUCUUCCUUCUCUCUCCUCAACUCUCCUUUCUCUCUCUUCCUCCCAACCAGAGGCAAUUCUCGUCUCUACCUAUUCUCUCUUCUCUCCAUCUUCUCCCUACUCCUUCACCACCUCUCCGCCGCCUCCGCCACCGCCGGCCGCCCCGACUUCGAGGGUUUCGACGCCGAAGAAGAUGAAGAUUUCGCCCACGGAGAUUCAAUCUCCGGAGAAUUCAUCCCUCCUCUCCGCUCCUCUCCUCCGCCGAUCUCACUCUCCACUCCCACUCCCGAGUCUCACCGCGCUCCACCCGCACCCGAUUCCGAUCAAUCCCAGAUUCAAUCUCCUCCCUCCGAUCAGAACCCUAACCCCGGUUCGUUUGUCUAUUGGGAUGAAGAUGAAUUUGAAGGCAUUCCUCAGAACUUGAUUUCAUCCCCCGAGAAUCAAGUCACUCCUGAUUCUACUUCCGCCGGUUCCGAAUCUGAUUCGAGCUCCGAUAAUAAUACAGAGAAAGACCUACAUUCGGAUUCGAAAGUUCCGAAGAAGCUCGGUUCGUAUUCCGUCGAAAUCGCGUGCGUCUCCUUCUUGAUUAUGUUCACAAUCAACUAUUUCACAGGAAGGAAAGAGAAUGAGAAUCUAGCAUUAGCGUGGGCUAGCAAAUUCGCUACCAAAGGCUCGAUAUUCGACAGGAAUUUCAGCUUGUUGGGAGUGGGCGAGACCGAAGACUCGCCCCUGUUGUUGCAGGAAGGUAGAAACGUGUUUAAAUUCUACGCGAGCGGAAGGAGGUUUUGCACGGGACUGCUGGCGACAAUGGAGCUGAAGAGUAGGCACGAUUUGAUAUCGAGGCUGUACGAUAUGGUUGUACCGUGCAAGGAUGAGAUCACGUUCGAGGUCUAUAUGAACGACGAUGCAAUGGAUCAUGUGGUUUUUGCACUGGCGAGGAAGAAAUUGGCGAAGACGAUGCAGAAGGAGGUGAGGGAUUUGCAGAGGUUUGCGGGUUUGGUGAAUCCGCCGAACGGGAGAAAAUGGGUACCCGAGGAAUUGCAGGUAGUUUCCGAGUCGAAGGAGGUUGCUGGCGAUUUGAUCACUGAUGCCGUUCUUGAUCAGGUUUUCGGUGACAAAGCUUAUGAAAAGUUCGGAAAGGGUUUCAUCUCAAUGCAUUUCUCCGAUCAAUACCUGGGCUCGAAUAAGAAGAUGCUGGUGUUUAAGUUUGCUCUUCCUAGUAUGAAUCAAAUGGCUGACAUGGCUCGAUUGGUUGCUCUUGUACCUUAUUACAUCGACCUAAUCGGAAAAUACAAGCUCAGCUCACAGGCUCGUUCGAAAACCGAAGCAGCCAGAUCGAAGGUUGCCCAAGAGAUGUACAAAGAACUUCAAAAUGCGAGGCAAGACGCCAUGCAGAAGAAGAAAGCCGAGCAGAGGAGGAAAUUGGAGGAGGCUGAAGCAAAGCUAAGUGCCGAGGCUUUACGCAGGAAAGAAGCUAAAGAGCGGGCCCGCCAAAUGAAGAAAGCAAUGCCGAAAAUGAAGAUGACUAAGGGUCAUUAGAGGUAAUAGAUUCGUUAUUUAUAGUCGUCUUGAUUUUGUUCACUUCUCUUUCCGGUUAAUGGAAUAUCCUACUUGUAGUACCGUUUUAAUCAUCCGCCGUCGUGAUGGUACCUUUUAGCUGUUAGAUUAUAUUGUUAGUGUUCAUUCAAUGUUACCACUUUCGUAGUUUCUGAAUGUAGCGUAUUAGUUCUGAUACGAAGAAGCAGGUGGUACGGUUUUUGUUGCCGAUUUGAAGUGGUUAAUCUGACUAGUUAAGAGAGAGUUUAGAAACGAGAAAAUCGGAACUGCAGAAAUUUUUAUUAUACGUGUCGUUGAGUCUGAUGUACCACUUGAAAACACUGCACAAAAUAGCAGAUAAAGUGAGAUGAUUCUGCAUAAUUGUAUUUUUGGUUCAUCUGUGACUUAUGAAAAUCGUACUAAUUUUAC